AUGUGUCUUUAUGGGUGUCCUGAUGAGACGUGGGAAUUAAAGGAACCUCCUGAUGUUCCCCACGAACUUCCUGAACCAAACAUAGGAAUUAACUUCGCCAGAGACGGGAUGCCAGAAAAGGAGUGGCUUGCUCAUAUUGCAAUCCACAGCGAUGCAUGGCUUUAUUCUUAUGCCUUCUAUAUUGCCAUACGCGCUGGCCUUGAUGCCGAGACCAGGCAGCAACUUUUCAAUAUGAUAAAUAGUAGUCCUACAAUAUAUGAGAUUGUAUCUGAAACUUGUUCGAGAGUACGAGUUCUGGGGUGGCCUCUGCCUUCGAUAGAAGAGGAAGAGGACGUCGAGGACGUCGAGGACGAAGCUGAACAGAUGGCCGCGGCAGCUAACCAUAGUAGCAUCACAUCGCUCCCCUCGCGACUUCCUCUUCUCUUCCCUUCAUCCAACUCCCGCGCCCCAAGCUUGGCGUUCUCCUCCUCCGCCGUCGUCGCAGUGGCCGCUGCUGACUACCUCAACCUCUCCGAUGACGAGCUCAUGGCGGCGUAG